AUGUUUCCACGAACCCUCCUCAGACAAGCUCAGGCUGCCCGGUCAGUCCUGGCCUCCACAUCUGCCGCGCCGAUGGCACUUCGUCAGACGUCACGAUUGCAACCCCGUCUGCCGCAGUCUGUCCGGCCCUUCGCUCCCCAACCCAUGUCCCGGUUCUACUCCACGGAACAGAAGGAAGCCUCAUCAGAAGCUACCGAAGCCUCCGAGCAAACUGAGGAUCCCGUUCGCAAAGAGCUAGAGGAAAAGAAGAAGGAGGUGCUUGAUCUCAAGGAUAAAUACCUCCGCUCUGUCGCCGACUUCCGCAACCUCCAGGAGCGCACGAAGCGCGAGAUGGAGAGCGCCCGCAACUUCGCCAUCCAGCGCUUCGCCGUCGACCUUCUGGAGAGCAUCGACAACCUCGACCGCGCCCUGCUCGCCGUUCCCGCCGACAAGCUCAACGCCCCCGAGAACGAGGCCAACAAGGACCUGCUGGAUCUCGUCGCAGGCCUCAAGAUGACCGAGAACAUCCUCAUGAGCACCCUCACGAAACACGGUCUGCAGCGCUUCGACCCCGGCGAGAAGACUGAGGAUGGCAAGGUGCAGAAAUUCGAUCCCAAUCGCCACGAGGCUACUUUCAUGGCCCCGUCUAAGGAUUUGGAAGAUGGUGAUGUGAUGCACAUCCAGAGCAAGGGCUUCAUGCUGAACGGUCGCGUGCUGCGGGCUGCCAAGGUCGGCGUCGUCAAGAACACCUAA